UAUAUUUGCCAUAGUGAAGUUCACACCUGCAUUUAGACUAGACCAUGGAUUUAUUAAGAAGACCCACUGUACUCCCUUUGAGGAAAAAACCCAAAAUGAUGGAUGCAUCUUUAUCAUUUUGCAAUUAUGAAAUUAAAUUCAAAGAAAUCGUUUUGUUUCUUCUGGAGAGGAAAAUGGGUGCAAGUCGGAGGAAUUUUCUAAUGAACCUGGCGAGGAAAAGAGGCUUUCAAACAGAAAGUGAGCUAAGCGAUUCAGUCACUCAUAUUGUGGCCGAAAACAAUUCUGGUCCCGAGGUUUUGGAAUGGCUACAGUCAAAGCAGCAAACCAAGAAGAUGGAGUUUGAGAUACUUGACAUCUCUUGGUUCACCGAGUGCAUGGGAGCUGGGUUUCCUGUUGAGGUACAGAGCAGACACCAACUUAUGGUACAACAAGAUUGUUCUGCCAGUUUCAAUACUUCGCCCUCUUCAUCAUGUGUGCAAGUCUCACAAUAUGCGUGCCAAAGGCGUACACCCUUACAAGACAUCAACCAAAUAUUCACGGACGCUUUUGAAAUUCUAGCUGAAAACUGUGAGUUUUUGGGAAAUAAAGGACCGUGUAAAAGCUUUCUAAGAGCAUCUGCUGUUUUGAAAUCCCUACGGUUUCCCAUAGCAACAAUGAAAGACUUGGAUGGGCUGCCGCUUUUGGGGAAUGAGAUGAAGACUAUUAUUGAGGAAAUUCUUGAAGAUGGGAAAUGUGCCAGAGUUUUAGAUGUUAUAAACGGAGAGCAAUAUAAAUCAUUCAAGCUGUUUACAUCCGUCUUCGGAGUGGGUUUGAAAACCGCAGAAAAGUGGUUUAGAAUGGGUUUUCGAACCCUUGAAGAAAUAAAAAACAACCCAGAGUUCAAGUUCACAAAAAUGCAAAAAUAUGGAUUUCUUCAUUAUGAAGAUAUUGCAGGUUAUAUAUCCAAGUCAGAAGCACUCGAAAUCUACGCGUUUGUGAGGGAUAUUAUUUUGAAAUUGGUACCUGAUGCUGUUGUGACAUUAACUGGAGGGUUCAGGAGGGGAAAAGAGAGGGGGCAUGAUGUGGAUAUUAUAAUUACGUGUCCCCGGAAAGAAAAGGAGAAAAGUAUUUUGCACAAUACUAUUACUAUACUGAAAAAUCAGGGACUGAUUAUUUUCUACGACAUAAAUGAAUCUACAUUUGUUGAGACAAAGUUGCCAAGUAAAAAAGUGGAUGCUCUCGAUCACUUCCAGAAAUGUUUUAUAAUUUUUAAGCUUAUGAAGGAAGGAGUAGGAGCCACGAAUAUUAAGGACAAUGAAAUGGAAAGCAAGAAUUGGAAGGCUGUGAGAGUGGAUUUUGUGAUAACGCCAUAUAAACAGUAUGCCUAUGCUCUUCUUGGAUGGACAGGCUCCCGGCAGUUUGAAAGAGAUUUACGGAGAUAUGCCACCAACGAGAAAAAGAUGAUGUUGGACAAUCAUGGACUUUUUGAUAAAACCAAGAAUGUUUUCCUGGAUGCGUACACAGAAGAAGAUAUUUUUGAACACCUUGGGUUAGAGUAUCUUGAACCGUGGGAUAGAAACGCAUAGAAAAAAAACUGUUAUUUUGGUACAUGCUUUUGCCAUUGAUAAGUUAAAUGGGAAAGGAAAUAUAUUUAAGUGUUCUGAUGCAUUAGGAAAUUAGCACACUGCAGCUUCUGCUUUCCAGAUAUGUUUAGUAGCAUAAAAAUGUCAUAGAUUUCACAAUUCAUGCAUAAACAUAUUUCAUUAUGUUUAAACAAUGAUC